AUGGUCAUUCCUCCCGAAAGCUGCAGGAUCCGUGGUGUUUCUCCAUCGGAGGUCGGUGGCGCGUGGGGAGCAGCCUACGCGGUCGGCACACCCAUUUCGGCACUGGUGACAGGCAUUUGUUGUGCGCUGGCGAUCGAGUAUUUCCAACAAUUUCCACAGGACGCUACGCGAAUCCGAUUAUCUGUGAUUGUCGUUGUUGCCACAUCCAUCCUCGGUCUCCUUUUAGCAAUGGAUUUGACCUAUGUGCGAUUGGUGAAAAAUGCAACACCACCCGGGGGUUUUGGUGACAUUCCUUGGCAAGAUGACGCAGUGGCUUUGAUAUGUGGAGUCUGCCAACUCAUUUGCAGUGCCUAUUUUGCCUACUCGGCUUAUUCCGUAGCAAGCAGGAAAAAGCUCUUGAUAGUUUGGUAUGGGUUGCUCAUGGCAGUGAUCUUUUUAAGUGCCUUCUUCAGAGCAAUUCUUGGAUUAACACCUACGGAUUGGUCUGAUGGUGCCGCACUCUGUCCCAAGAUGACUUUCAUGUGGCUCAUCUGCUCUUUGCUAUUGGACUUGAGCAUUGCCGUGACACUUUUGGCUCAUCUCCGAAGAGCUGUACCAACACCUCAACUUCAUACUGCCAGCUUACCAGCACCAGGAUCUCUCCUCAAUCAUUCCAACAAUGCCUGGGCCGUCCAACAACCGCAAACUCCACUACUCAGCCGACUUUUAACCACCAUUUUGACAUCAUUUUCACUCACUGCCAUCCUGAUGUUUUCACUUCUCAUUCUUGUGCUGGCUAUGCAUGGCACCGAGUUCGACCCGCAGCUUCCCAAAGCCACGGGUAUCUUUACCGCUCUUAGAUUGCUAGCAACUCCAACAUAUGCCGUGACAUUCCUUUACACCUUGAACCGCAGAAAUCGACAAGAGGCCGUUUAUCACAGUUCAAUUUUCAAUGGGCAAAUGACAACCAUGGCACCUCGCACAAGUCACAACUCUAACCUUCCUUUUCAACAUACUGGAGCAAUGAAUGGUCCCACCCGGCCACUCAAUGUCCAACUACCUGGUCCGGAGACCAAACAAAAUUGGACACAAAUGCUCGGUAACGCAAGCACCAGAUUGACUCGCACAGGAAAUGGAAAAGAUUGUAUGGCUCAAAUGACCAAGUUUGAUUUUUCAGAAGCUUUCAAAACCCUCUCAUCUACCCCUUUCCGCAAAAGCCAAAAGAAACCAACACCCCCAUUUCCCAAACCACCGCCCCCUAUCCAUUUUAGCCAAGCUCAACCAGAACUCAUGUGUCAAACCAAUCCACAGGGUCAUAAUCUUGAUGGCCUCAACUAUGGUUACAUCUCAGCUCAAAUGCGCCCCCCAUCUCAACAUAGUAGCAUUGUUCAAAUUUUUCAUGGGACUGCUAUCUGA